CCCGAGUGUGUUAUGUUGACGUGCGCAUAUCUUUGGUGGUGGUAGACUUUUUUACUCAAAGCCUUCUCAACCUAUUCUCCGGAUUAUAAUCACUUAAAAAGCUGCAAAUUGCCAGAUUGACAUUUCAACGUGAUGGAGUUUAGCCAUGCGUUCGAAGAUCUCUGUCCAGUGUGUGGAGAUAAAGUUUCAGGGUACCAUUACGGCUUAUUGACAUGUGAAAGCUGCAAGGGAUUUUUCAAGAGAACUGUUCAAAAUAAUAAGAGAUACACUUGCGCUGAAAACCAGAAUUGCAGAAUGGACAAAACUCAGCGAAAGAGAUGUCCCUUUUGUCGCUUUCAAAAGUGCCUAAACGUUGGAAUGAGAUUAGAAGCGGUACGUGCUGACCGGAUGCGAGGGGGAAGGAAUAAAUUUGGCCCUAUGUACAAACGUGACAGGGCGCUGAAGCAGCAGAAGAAAGCUUUGAUCCAUGUUAGCAACUUCAAACUGGAGCCAAGUCCUUCCCUGGCCCCAGGCCUGCAGACCGAGAGCAGCUUUCCGGGGGGCCUUUCAGGGUUCCUGCCUCCGCUAACCCCUCCAGACUGUGACAGUGUCCCUCCAUAUUGCCCCCCUUCUCUAGGUGUUGCCCUUCAAAGUCAUUGCGGCUCCUUUCCCGGUCAGUACCAAUACGCUGCCAAUCCAUUCCCCUCCAGGUCUAUCAAGUCUGAGUACUUUGAGCAGUACACCUACUCUUCCGACUCCUGCUCGCCCGGGUACACUUACACUGAGGGGUGUCUGCCAGGCUCCCCACAAACCUCCAGCUUGCCCCCCACCAUGCCGCCACAGCUGGUGUUGAACCUGCUGCACUGCGAGCUAGAUGAAGCUCAGGUGCGGCUGAAGGUGGUGGCAUACCUCCACCAGGAGCAGAAUGGCCGGGCCAAGCAGGAGAAGUUCAGCUCGUUCAAGCUGCUCUGCGUCAUGGCCGACCAGAUGCUGUUCUCCAUCGUGGACUGGGCCAGAAGUUGCAUCUUCUUCAGGGAACUCCAGGUUGGCGAUCAGAUGAGGCUCCUCCAUAACUGCUGGAGUGAGCUGCUUCUGCUGGAUCACAUCUGCAGACAGGUGCAUCAUGGGAAGGAAGAAACUCUCCUACUGGUGACUGGCGAGGAGAUUGAGAUGUCCUCCAUUUUGAGCCAAGCUGGACCGCCUCUGAUCAGUCUCACUCAGAGGGCCCAGGAACUGGUGAAGACGCUACAGGCUCUGCAGAUGGACACGAAAGAGAUGGCCUGCUUCAAGUUUCUCGUCCUUUUUAAUUCAAGUGUGAAACUGUUGGAGAACCAGGCGUUCGUGGAGAGUGUUCAGGAGCAAGUGACGUGUGCUCUGAAGGAGUACACCCUCUGCACUUACCCCCAGACAGUGGAUCGCUGUAGCCAGCUGAUGGUACGUCUGCCAGAGCUACGUGCCCUGAGCACCCAGGCAGAGGACUACCUGCUGUACAAACACCUGAGUGGGGAGGUGCCCUGCAACAACCUGCUCGUAGAAAUGCUCCAUGCCAAGAGAGCCAUGGUAUGAUCCACAGGUAUGUGUGUGUGUGUGUGUGUGUGUGUGUGUGUGUGUGUGUGUGAGUGAGAGAGAGAGAGAGAGCACUGUGCAACAGACACUAAAGUAAGAACAAGAGAAACUAAUAAUUAUGUUGUGAGAUUAACUUUUUAUGUCAUACGUUGCCUAUGUAUG